UUUUGAGCUCGCACACUCUUCCUCUUGACCAUCAACGAGCAGCGAACCCAGGCGCCGCCGCGGACUCGGACGCCAUGGCCUCGCACGCGCUCCAGCUCGCGCUCUUCGUGCUCAGGAUCGUAUCGCCCGCAACCGUCCUCAUCGCGGCCGCGUCGCUCUUGUUCGCGAAGCCCUCCGCGCCAGCCACUGACUCCGGUAUCGUGCCCGUCGUUGUCGCCUCCACUAUCCCGCGUCGCGGCCUUAUCCUCACCCUUCUUUCCCUUGCUGCACUGACCUACCUUGCGGAUGGUCUGGUCUUCGUCGUCUAUGCCGUGCUCCAGAAGCAAUGGCCUUACAUGACCGGGAUUGAGAUUGGCGCAGUCGUGGGUCUCGUGGCCUACGCUGGUACCGCGGCGGUGGGCGCGUGGAAAGACGUGCAGGGUGUCGAGGUCUGGUCUCUGAAGCGUCUGCGGCUGGCCGUCGCGCUUGCUUUUGCCAUCGACGUUGCCCAGGUGAUAAUCCUGGGCUUCUACACUCAGAGCUACCAGGACGCCCCUGCCACUCAUGUCUCCAUCCGUGGGCUCCUGCACCUCGUCUUCCCUGUCUUCCGCAUCCUCGUCCUUUUGCCUCUGCUCUGGGCCUUCCUUGUGCCGCGCGUCGUCUACACCCCGGUACCGUCGGAGGCGGAUGUUGAGGAGCAGCCCACGGAUUCCUCGUUCCUUCUGCCUCCUGGGUCCGAUGCGCACGCCUCUAGUGGCAUGUCGCCGGUCGCCCAUUUGGGUGUCCCGUCGAGCAAGUACGGGACUUUCCGGUCCUCUAUCUCGUCGGGCACACAGACGGCGCCACCGACACGCUCGGCAUCUCCAGCACCGUCUCAGGCUGCGUCCCAGACGGCUUCCAAGACGGAAGCAAAACCCGAUGUCACGCCCGAGCCGACAUGGGGUGAGCUUUGGCAGCGGAUGAAGCGCAUCUCUCCCUACCUCUGGCCAUCCAAGAGCUCUUCGCUGCAGCUGGUUGCUCUCCUUUGCAUCAUCGUUCUUCUCAUCGGUCGUGUCGUCAACUUCGGCAUUCCCUUCGCGCUCGGAGAGCUCGUCAACAUCUUCGAGGGUACCUCUACCCGCUCGCCAUGGCCCAUCCUUUUCGGAUAUGUCGGUCUCAGGUUCCUGGCUGGCAGCGGUGGCCUGGCUGCUCUUCGUGAUACGCUUUGGGCUCCCGUCAUGCAGUACUCCGACAGGGAGAUGUCCCAGUUGGCUUUCGACCACCUUCUAAACCUUUCCUUCGCUUUCCACACACGCCGCAAGACCGGCGAGAUUCUGCGUGUACUAGACCGCGGUGCUGCCAUCAACCGCACCCUUGAGUUGAUCCUGUUCAAUUUUGUACCCAUCUUUUUGGACAUUGUUAUCGCCCUCGUCGUCUUCGCCACCAAGUUUGAGUGGACGCUGACUGUAGUUAUAUUCGUCGUUAUGUUUGCAUACGGGUAUGCGAGCAUCGUCAUGACCCAGUGGCGCACUAAGCUUAGGCGCCGCAUGAACGAACGUGAUAUCAAAACCCGUGGCAUUCACACCGAUUGUCUGCUCAACUACGAGACGGUGAAGUACUUCGGCGGCGAGGAGCACGAAGGCGAGCGCUAUCGCAAGUCCAUCAACAAGUACCAGGCUCUCGAGUACCAGGUCAUCAUCUCCCUGAAUCUGCUCAACCUGGUGCAGAACUUGAUCAUCUCGCUUGGCCUGCUCAUUGGGUCUCUUAUCGUUGCGUUGCGCGUCACCCGCGGCCAGUCCAGCACGGGUGACUUCAUCAUCUUCAUCACCUACCUCACCCAGCUCUAUGGCCCGCUCAACAUGCUCGGCACGACCUACCGCGCAAUGAACCAGUCGCUCGUGGACACCGAGAAGUUGCUCAACCUGCUCAACGAGCCGACUGACGUCAACGACAAGCCGGACGCCAAGGAUCUCGUCGUGGAGAAUGGGGAGAUCGAAUUCAAGGACGUCAACUUCUCGUACGAUGGCCGCACGACUGCCCUGCGCGGUGUGUCAUUCAAGGUGCCGAAGGGCUCGUCAGUUGCGCUCGUCGGCGACUCCGGUUCGGGCAAAUCGACCAUCCUCCGCCUGCUCUACCGCUUUUAUGACCUGGCUCCUGGUGAUGGGAGCAUUACCAUCGACGGCCAGGACAUCCGGGACGUAACUCAGAAGAGCCUGCGCAGCGCUAUCGGCGUGGUGCCUCAGGAUACAGUCCUCUUCAACUCGAGCAUCGCGUACAACAUCAGCUACGGCAAGUUCGGGGCUUCGAUGGAGGAAGUUGAGGCAGCUGCCGCGUCGGCUCAGAUGCAUGACCGCAUCCUGUCCUUCCCUGAUGGUUAUGACACCAAGGUUGGCGAGCGUGGUGUGCGUCUAUCUGGCGGCGAGAAGCAGAGAAUUGCUAUUGCCCGCACGCUCCUCAAGAACCCUCCCAUCCUGCUGCUUGAUGAGGCUACGAGUGCCCUUGAUACUUCGACCGAGAAGGAUAUCCAGAAUGCGCUUCAGAACCUGAUGGUUGGCCGUUCCUCGCUGUCGAUUGCCCACCGUCUCUCGACCAUCGCGAAUGCGGAUGUGAUCCUGGUUCUCAAGAACGGGCAAAUCGUCGAGCAGGGCAAUUUCAAGGAGCUCAUAGCGCAGGAUGGCGUCUUUGCCUCUAUGUGGGCGGACCAGGUUGCUGCUUCGGAGACGGACCAUGAGGUCACGAUUGACAUCAAGGACCUGAAGUCGAAGGAGGAGCCUGGCUACGACGUGGAGCAGGAGGAGCAGCCCCAGCCAACGACGACUCACGAGGAGCCCGCUGCGAGCACCGACGCUACUGCGCCCGAGCCAGCGGGUGAACCGAGCGCGCCCUCGCAUCAUACGGCACCGAGCGAACCGCAGGACGAACUCGUCGCACAUGACCAGCCUUCUGAGGGUGCGUCUACUGCUGCCCCUGAGGUUCCGCCCAAGGAUGCGGAGGUCAGCGCCCCGGUUGCGUUCCCUUCGGCCGACGCAGAGAGCGUAGCGCAUGCGCCCGAGGCUUCUGCCGGGGAGGCACCUGCGCCGGUCGCGUUCCCUGGCUCGGACGACACCGCCUCGCAGGCCCAGAGCGAGGCGGCGCCGGCGGCAGCCGCCACGUCGACGCCUGGGGUGACGUUCGACCCGACCGUCGAUAACACGCCCUCGCGCACGGACACGCCCGACCCGGAUGCUGAGCCCAAGCGCAAGCGGAUCUCGUCGCAGAACUUCCAGCGGAUGGCCCGUCGUAUCUCGAUUACGACGCGCCGCGGCACGACCAGCAUCAUCCCGACGCUCAAGCGCAACGAGAGCACGAACUCGCCGCGCGGCUCGACGGACGAGGGUCCGUCUGUGCGCUCGGACACGGAGAGCCCGGCGGGCAGCCUCAACCAGAAGGAGAGGAAAAAGAUCAUCAAGAAGGAGAAGAAGGACAAGAAAGAGAAGAAGGAGGCCAAGCGCCAGAGCACGCUGUAGGGCCCUCCCUGUCCUUCGACGACGAGGCGCACCGUCGCGCUCGCCGUCCUGUUUACGACCUCAUGUUUUGUUUCACGCCCCGUUAUGCCUCCCAUCUACCCUAGCAAUGAGUCCUUUCCACUGUACAUACAUUGGCACACAUCUACACUUGCUCUGCAGGUUCUAGUAGUAGCAUAGUCCUUUCCGUGUACGCUGAACACCGUCGGUUCGAGUACCUCCCCCGUCCCCCCAUCCACAUACUGUUGCACCUACACUGUUUGUUGUUUUUCUUUCCUGCACUGGUUUACCGGAUCUUCUCGAUUGCAAUGGAGUUUGACAGCCUGA